AUGGCGGAAGAGGACGCCAAGGGGAACAAGAGGUCCCACGAGGACUUCGCUACCCAAGAUGAUGACAGCUCUUCUGACGACGACAUGGGGCCCCAGCUCCCCUCAGAAGCCCCGAAGAAGAAGCGUCGAGUGCUUCCCUACGAGAAAUUAUACGUUUCUGCCCUCCCCAAAGCGACCCGAUACUCAAAGUCGUUGAUGCACAAGGAGCAGCUGGCCUUCGUGACCGUCACGCCACUCACGGAUUUCAUCAUCACGUCCUCCAUCGAUGGCGUCGUAAAGUUCUGGAAAAAGGUGGCUCAGGGAAUCGAAUUUGUAAAGGAAUUCAAAGCGCACAUCGACGAAAUCAAAUCCGUCUCUGUCAGUCUGGACGGAAGGAGCUUCGCAACCGCUGGUGCAGACAAGACUGUCAAGAUCUUCGACGUCAUCACCUUUGAUCUCCUGUCCAUGCUCAAGCUUGAUUUCGUGCCUCGGUGUGUUUGCUGGGUUCACAAUAGAGGGGCGUCCCUUCCUUUGCUUGCGGUUUCCGAGGAUUCCGGUUCUAGCAUUCACGUUUUUGACGGGCGAGGCGAGAGACAAGAUCCUAUUCACACCAUCAAGUCGUUGCACAGAAGCCCAGUGUCUAUCAUGGUCUUCAACGGCGUGUAUGAUUGUGUGCUGUCCGCGGACGACAAGGGUAUGUUGGAGUACUGGCGGCCGGGUGGUGACUACGAGAAGCCGGACAAUGUCUUCGAGUUCAAGGCCUCCACAAGCUUGUUUGAGUUCAAAAAGGCCAAGUCGGUUCCAACAUCAAUUACCAUCUCGCCCACUGGGAAGCAAUUUGCAACCUUCUCCCAGCCAGACAGGAAGAUCCGAAUCUUCGACUUUGCAUCAGGCAAACUGUACCGGACGUAUGAUGAGUCGCUCCAGGUCAUCGAGGAUAUGCAACAGGUGGGAUCGGCCCUCCAAAAAUUGGAGACCGUUGAGUUUGGUCGCCGGUUUGCCGUCGAGCGGGAGAUCGACUCUGCAUUAUACAAGAACAAGGCAAACGUAAUCUUUGACGAGUCUGGCAACUUUAUCAUAUACGGCUCAAUAGUCGGCGUCAAAGUGCUCAACACCUACACCAACCAGAUUGUCAAGGUAUACGGCAAAGAUGAGAACUUUAGAGCGGUGAACCUGGCGAUUUAUCAAGGUCAGCCACAGAAGAAAGGCAUCACCACGGUCGAGAUGGGUGCUUCUGCCAACCCUCUACUCCAGGAGUCCGAGUCCAGGGACCCCAUUCUCAUUGCGACAGGAGUGAACAAGCAGCGGUUUUAUAUGUUCACUAACGACGAGGAUAUCUCUAAAUCGGUGAGGGACGUCCAAAACGAGAAGCCCACCAUUCUGGGUCACAAGAAGGCUGCAGAGGCCAAGAAGGCCGAGACAGGCACCGGAGCAGUCAUCCACACGACCUAUGGCGACAUUCACAUCCGCCUGUUCCCCGAUGCUGCUCCCAAGGCCGUGGAGAAUUUCGUCACUCAUUCGAAGAGAGGCUACUACAACAACACAAUCUUCCACCGCGUGAUUCGCAAGUUCAUGAUCCAGGGCGGAGAUCCCAUUGGAGAUGGCACCGGAGGCGAAAGUAUAUGGGGCAAGGAAUUCGCGGAUGAAUUUAGUAGUUUGAAGCACGACAAGCCGUACACAGUCAGCAUGGCCAAUGCAGGUCCAAACACCAAUGGCAGUCAGUUCUUUAUCACCACGGAAAAGACGCCGUGGCUGGACGGAAAGCACACUAUUUUCGGGCGUGCUACUCAGGGACUGGAUGUUAUCCACAAAAUCGAGAACGCACGGACAUACAAGGAGAAGCCAGAGGAGGAUAUCAAAAUCCUCAACAUCGACAUAGUUUAA